CCGCUGCUUCCGGCUCCUUUCUUUCGCUGUGUUCUACCUUCUGUUUACCAGGCUGCCGCGUCCCUCCUCUCUCCGCGCGAACCUCCCACGACGCCCAAUUCCUCCGCACAACGGCACGUCAUGUCGACCCCCGACUGGAUCGAGCUCGGCGCGCCGACGCUGGAUCGCCCCUUCGGUCUGCAGCUCUGGCCCAUCUUCGAGAAGACGUUUGAAUCCGCGAUGGGGUACAAGCCGCAGGACUUCCGGUUCAAGCCGGGCGAGACUCCCAUAUCAACGCUGAAGUCGUGCAGCGCCGUCUUGAUCUCGUACUAUAUCAUAAUCUUUGGGGGGAGGGAGCUGAUGCGCGACCGGCAGCCCUUGCAGCUUAGCUUCCUGUUCAAGCUGCACAAUUUCUACCUCACAGCGAUCAGCGGCAUUCUGCUCGCGCUGUUUGCGGAGCAGCUGAUUCCCAUGGUUUGGCGGCAUGGCGUUUUCUUCGCGAUUUGCGACCACAAUGGGGGGUGGACGGAUAAGAUGGUGGUGCUGUAUUAUCUCAAUUACCUCACCAAGUUCCUCGAGCUGUUGGACACUUGCUUCCUGUUCUUGAAGAAGAAGCCGCUGACCUUCCUCCACACCUACCACCAUGGUGCGACCGCUCUCCUCUGCUACACCCAGCUUAUCGGCAGCACCGCCGUUUCGUGGGUCCCCAUUACGCUGAACCUCUGCGUCCACGUCGUCAUGUACUGGUACUACUUCCAGAGCGCGCGGGGCAUCAAGAUCUGGUGGAAGAAGUACAUCACCAUCAUGCAGAUUGUGCAAUUUGUGCUUGAUCUCGGCUUCGUCUACUUCGCCUCCUGGACCUACUUCACCUCGACCUACUGGCCCUGGCUCCCCAACGCGGGGAGAUGCGCAGGCGAAGAAUUCGCCGCCAUCGCCGGCAUCUGCAUCCUCUCGUCGUACCUGCUGCUCUUCAUCUCCUUCUAUUUCGCCACGUACAAGAAGCCGGUGCCCAAGGGCCGCCGCAGGGCUACAAGCGCGCUGGUCGAGAUGAAGGAUGAGAAGGUGCCGACGGUUGGUGAAGCGCGACGUAGGCUGUCCCAGGGCGCGCAUGCGCUUGCUAACGGGCAUGCCACAGGCGCAGCUACACCGAAUGGACGAGCGACGAGGAGCCGGAAGGCGUAAAGAGGUGGUUGAGGAGAAAUGCGAGCGGUGAGGAAGAGGGCGGGGUCCGCGAGAGUGACGGGGUUACUGAGCCGGAUGAAGCGCCAGCUCUGUGAAAGCCUCGGCCGGUCCGCACGGCCCCUUUUUAGUGCAG